ACGCAACACAACCAUUUCAAUUCAACCCAAACCCCUUUCAAUCUUUGCAUGAGUUCAUGUGCCUUUCUCCUCACUCCUUUCAUUAGCUUACCUUUCUGCCUUUCUCCUCCUCCUUUCCUUCCUCAAUUUUAGCCUUUUCCACACCACGGCCACAAAAGGUCUUCUUGGUUAGCGUGUGCAUUUUUUUUUUCCUUGACAAGCUAAGGUCUAAGCUAUGCCGGCGAGACAUAUGUACGUUAUCAGGAGAGAAAGGCUGAACUAGCUUAGCUGGGAGCCGGUGGAGGAGAUGGGAGUAGUUACCGUAGGUGAGCUGAAGCCAAGCAUAUCAGGAAAGAGAUCAUUCCGCCCCAGUUCCAGUGCAAGACAUGUAACCGAAUGGCCUAUAUCAGAUGUUUCUAGUGAUCUUACAAUCGAAGUUAGCGCAACAACUUUUUCGCUUCACAAGGUAAGAUCAUAUAAGAAAAAAAAAAUAAAUCAGAAAAGGUGCAUAUACAUUACUAACAAUCUUUUACAGUUCCCUCUAGUUUCUCGAAGUGGUAGAAUAAGGAAAUUGUUGCUAGAAGCCAAGGAUUCGAAAAUUUCAAGACUGAACCUCCAUGGCAUUCCUGGUGGAUCAGAAGCAUUUGAGCUGGCUGCAAAAUUCUGUUAUGGAGUGAACACUGAGAUUACCGUAUCAAAUGUUGCCAUGCUGCGAUGUGUAGCCCAUUUUUUGGAAAUGACAGAAGAAUUUUCUGAGAAGAACUUGGAAACCCGAGUUGAAGUAUAUCUGAGGGAUUCCGUGUUCCCAAACAUUUCCAACUCUGUAUCUGUACUUCACAACUGUGAAAGCCUCCUACCGAUCUCAGAGGAAGUUAACCUGGUUAGCAGGCUAAUUAAUGCAAUUGCAAACAAUGCUUGUAAAGAGCAGCUAACCUCAGGCUUAUCCAAGCUGGAAUAUAACUUCCCUUCAAAACCAAUCCAAAACAUGGAGGCUGAAACACCGUCAGACUGGUGGGGGAAGUCUCUCACAGUGCUGAAUCUUGAUUUCUUCCAAAGAGUUCUGUCAGCAGUUAAGACAAAGGGUCUGAAACCGGACAUAAUUAGCAGGAUUUUAAUUAACUAUGCCCAGAACUCCCUUCAAGGGCUCAUCGUAAGGGAUCCUCAACUCACUAAAGGUACUUUCUUGGAUCCAGACUUGCAGAAGAAACAAAGGAUUACUGUUGAAACAAUAGCAAGUUUACUGCCAACACAGUCAAGGAAAAGUGUGGUUCCAAUGGCAUUUCUUUCAAGUUUGUUAAAAUCUGCAAUAGCAUCUUUAGCAUCUACGUUGUGCAGAUCUGAUCUAGAGAGGCGGAUCGGCCUGCAGCUAGAUCAGGCAAUUCUUGAGGAUAUUCUGAUUCCUGCACAUUCACAUGGAAACAACCACACACCGUUGUACGACACUGAGUCAGUCUUGAGGAUUUUCUCUUUUUUCUUGAAUCUGGACGAGGAUGACGAAGAGGAUCAUCAAAUGAGGGAUGAAAGUGAAAUGGUGUAUGACUUUGACAGCCCAGGAUCACCUAAACAAAGCUCAAUAUUUAAGGUGUCAAAAUUGUUGGACAAUUAUCUUGCAGAGGUUGCACUAGAUUCAAACUUUACAGCGUCGAAGUUUAUAGCAUUGGCAGAGUUGCUUCCAGAUCACGCUCGUGUGGUCUAUGAUGGAUUAUAUCGUGCUGUUGACAUAUUUCUCAAGGUUCACCCCAACAUCAAGGACUCUGAAAGGUACAGGCUAUGCAAGACAAUCGACUGUCAGAAACUGUCUCAAGAAGCUUGCAGCCAUGCGGCUCAGAAUGAACGGUUGCCCGUGCAGAUGGCAGUUCAGGUGCUGUAUUUUGAGCAAAUCAGGCUGCGGAAUGCAAUGAAUGGAGGCCAUAAUCAAUUGUUUUUUGGGUCGAUGAUGAACGGUCAAUUCCCUCAGCGAUCAGGCAGCGGCGCAGGAAGCGGAUGCAUCUCACCAAGAGACAACUACGCAUCAGUCAGAAGAGAAAACAGAGAAUUGAAGCUUGAAGUGGCAAGAAUGAGGAUGAGGCUAACAGAUUUGGAGAAAGAUCACGUUUCCAUGAAACAGGAGCUGGUUAGAUCUCACCCCACCAACAAGUUAUUCAAAUCUUUCACCAAGAAGUUAAGCAAGCUAAAUUCAUUAUUCCGGAUUAUUGACAUAAAGCCUAUUGGAGGCAAAGCUCAUUCAGAAACGCGAUUUCCUUUCCAAAGGAGAAGGCGUCACUCUGUCUCAUGAGUCGUAACCGUGAAAGCGUGGAUGAUAUACUCUGUAUAGAUCGGCUUUGUGAUUUUUGUUUGGUAGUCGUGAGCCCUUUCUUUUUCCUUUUCUAUAUAGAAUCUUGAAAAAAAGGAUGCACCCAAACAAACUAUAUGUAUUAUUCCUGUUGUAUUCUGAGGUGUGUGAGAGAGUUUUCAUGAGAUGUAAAAAUUAAUUAUAUUUCCA